AUGCCAAUGUCUCCUCUUCCAGCUGCCAUUAUGGCUCAUAUGGCAGCCAUUAGCAAUGUACCUCCUCCUCCACUUCGCAGUGUACCACGCUUGAAAAUGUCUAAGCACAUUAAUUAUAGUCAGUUGAAAACAUUAUGCCACAUUAGGGGACUACAAUACGGCCAGAGUUCUUACAGUAUCCUAUCAGCUCACAACAACUUUAUGAAGCAAUAUCCUAGAAUAUUCAUUCACAAAAAAGUCAGAUUGCCUAAACUUUGCAGACUGGAGGACGAAAGAAAACCUACAGAAGACACAGAAGAAAGUCAACCCCAACAACCUGAUGAUUCUCACAAUAUAGCUGUCCAUGUUAAAAAAGCACGUGGUGACCGUACUUUAUAUGGACCAAAAGUAUUUGAGGAGAAGUUAACAGAAUUCAUAGCCAUCCUAAAGAAAUUGCCUGUUCAUAGGACUAUGCAUGAACACAACAUUGUGUGGAAGAUGUUGAAAACAGUUCCAGAUUUAACUUCCCAGCUAAGUGAUGAGCAUCUGAAAGCACUUAGUAAGAGUGUCAUUUCUGAAACCUGGGUAAAAGGCAGCACAGUGGUGGGAAAUGAAGGAUUUUAUAUAAUACUUAAAGGCAUAGCUCGACCUCGAAGAAGGGUGUAUAAAAAUCUGAUUGAAAGAAGUGCGUCAAUGGGCUCUUCAAAACAACAAUAUUCCAGCAGCAUUUUUUACAAUGAAGAUAUGAAAAGCUCUUCACUUCAGGAGAUGUACCUGGGUUCACGUGACUCAAUGCCUAGACAAUGGAGUACCUUUGGGUCCCUGGAAGUUACACCUCAGACUGGUUCAGAAACAUUGGCGAACUCAAUGGUGACAGAAGAUGAUUGUGAAAUUCUUAAAAUUCCUGCAAAAGAAUAUGCAAAGAUAAAAUCGGAAAAAAUCAAACUGGAAAAUAUAGAAAAGGAGCAAUUAAUCCGUAAGUGUCCAUAUUAUGUGGCGUGGCCUACUCUAUCCAUAUAUGAGCUAACUGCACACAUUAAAUGGAAAAAAUUUCCUCCAGGUCAUGUGAUAGUGGAAAGUGGAAAUAUAAUUUCUUUUGUGGUUUACAUUAAUUCUGGAUAUUGUGACAUUUAUAGAAGUAUUGUAGGACUGGUGAAACAAUCUAAUAAAGUGAAAAAAAUUCAAAAACUUGUUUAUAUGGGUAAACUUCAAGAAAAGGAGUCCUUUGGUGAGAUUAGCGUUCUUCUUCAAGUUCCUUUCACAUGCACAAUCAUUACAGGAAAGGAGACUGAGGUGGCAAUCAUUGAAGAUAAGGACUUAUUUGAAUUAGACCCAGUGACCAAGCAACUUAUGCUCCAAACAGCUAAACCAACUUUUAGUCAUCUGACAGAUAGACUUGUAAUGAUCCCUAUAAUAAAAUGGUGUGGAGAAAACUUUGGAAAAUCAAAAUUAGCCAGUGAUAGUCACUUCAAGAGUGAUUUAUAA